GCCCAAUGAGAGCGGCCGUCGUCGAGGACGCUGCAGUAAAUAUGUGCGCGUCACUUCCGGCUGGGAGAAAUGGCGGGUGAUAGAGACAGAAUGGCGGAGCUGGAGGACGGAGAGCUGGAGUCUGAUCACGAGUCUGAGAUGCGCGAUGCUGCGGCGGAGCGAGUGCAGGUCUCAUCUUAUCGGAGCACAGGACCUUCCUUGAGCGCCGCGUCCGUCUCAGGAUACCGCAGCUACACGAACACCGACUCCAGCGACAGCGACGCUGGCUCUGAAGACGAGGCCUUACCCUGGAGACACAAGCGUCUCAAGUGCUCCGGCGCUCCCGUCAGCGCCGCCGCGGGACCCUUCGCCCGCAAGGUCAACAACAUCUGGGGCUCCGUGGUGCAGGAGCAGAGCCAGGAAGCCGUGGCGGCGGAGCUGGGCAUCAUGGGAAUGGAGGGGAGCGUCAGCAUGAGCAGCCGCCAGAGCGAGACCUAUAAUUACGUCCUGGCCCGCAAGAUGAUGGAGAGAGAGCGCGAGGAGGAGGAAGAGGGGCUGAAGAGCAUGCUGGACGGGGAGCUGGAGGGGUACAUGCAGCGGAAAGAACGCGACCAGGAGGAGAAGAGCUGUCUGAAGAGAAAGCGGUCGGCCAAGGAGAGGCUGGGCCCGCGGGCCGAGAUGGACGUGAAGGGCCGAUACGAGCUCAGGGAGGACGACCCUGAUCAGAGAGUGGUUGAUGAAAUCGCUCACAGACUCAUGGAGCCCAAGAAGGAUCUGAUAGAGCGAGUGGUGAGAGUGAUAGGAAAGAAGAAAGCCAUCGAGCUGCUGUCAGAGACGGCCACCGUUGAACAGAAUGGAGGACUCUACACUGUGGAUGGCAGUAGGAGACGGACACCAGGUGGAGUGUAUCUGAACUUACUGAAGAACACGCCCAGCAUCUCUGACGGACAGGUGAAGGAGAUCUUUCAUGAGGAGAACCAGAAAGAAUACAACAACAAAAAGGCUGCGAAGAAGCGACGGAAACGAAUAGUAGCGAAGAAGAUGAAGCAGGCCAUCAGCACGCUCAAUCUCCAGGAACACGACGACGUCUCGCGAGAAACGUUUGCCAGUGACACGGAAGAGGCUUUGGGGUCCCUGGAGGAGGCCCCCGAGGGCCCGUCGGAGUCAGCGCUGGGCACGGAAGACAACCCCGUCGUGUACAACUCAAACGACCUAGAGGUUUUCUAAGGUGCGACUCUGAGCGCGUGCGCUUUAUGAUCCGUU